GUAUUCAGGAAAGAGGAGUAUGAAACUGAGGGCCAGCAGUAUGUGGAUUUAGAACUUUUUCUAUUGGGGAUUCAGCAUCCAGAUUGUCUACCUCUCUUAAAGAAGAACCAUGUAACUUUGGAAAUUCUUUUUACUAUGAGAGAACAAGACUUACAACAGAUAGGUAUUCUCGAGGUUGCAUUGCAGAAGAAAAUUUUGGCAGCUGUUGCAAGCAUACAUAGAAAGGAAUGGGAUAUGCCACAAAACACGACACAUGUGCUUAGCUCGUCAGAGGCAGUGAUGGCAAUGUCUCAUCUAAAAAAACACAUUCAAUACUUGCAAGCAACUUGUCAUUUAUUGAUCAAGAGCAUGAACCAUAAUCACUCCACUUAUUGGAGAAUGGACAGUGCAAGUACUCAAGAACUAUUUUGUGAAGCAAGGAAUCUUGAUAGCACUGUUUCAGGAUUGCAGAAAAAAGUCUCUCAGCUAAAGGAUGAAGUGCAACGUGUUGCAGAUAGCCAGUGCAGUCGAUCAAGAAAUACAAGACAUACAGUUGCAAUUAUGUGUGUAACGUGUUUCGUCUACUUUGGGUUUUAUCUGUGGUGGAAGUCAUGAUCCUUUC